CGUGAUGUCAGCGCUGCUUUGAUACAAAGAACCCCUUCGGCCCACGCGGGUCUCCCGGCAACCGGGAGGGUGGGAGUGGGGGCAGGGCCGGCGCCCCCUCGCCCGCCCACCGGAGCGAGCAGGCGCGGGGCGCGGGCCGCGGGCCGGCUGUUGGUCCUGUGAGCUCUGCGGCGGGUCACCGUGUCGCUGCCGCCGCCCGGCUGCCCCGCACCCGGCCUCUCCACCCUCUGCCGCGGACCGGGAUGCGCACCCCGCCGGCGUCCGGAACCCAGGGCAGCGAGGUUUCGGGCUCCACCUUCACUGAUGGCGAGCUCAUCCCCAGGGAACCUGGCUUCUUUCCUGAUGAGGAAGAGGAAGCUAUGACGCUGGCCCUGCCUGAGGGCCCCCAGGAGUCAGACAUGGACAGCCCCAUGGAGAGCGCCCAGAGCCUGGAGGGGUCUGUCGGGAGUCCCGCUGAGGAGAAGGAGCGGGGGAUUGGGGGCCUGUUUCUGCCAGAGGACAAGUCCCUGGUCCACACUCCAUCCAUGACGACGUCAGACCUCUCCACGCACUCCACUGCCUCACUCAUCAGCAACGAGGAACAGUUUGAAGACUAUGGCGAGGGAGAUGAUGUGGACUGUGCUCCCAGCAGCCCGAGCCCCGAUGACGAGACCAGGACCAACGUCUACUCAGACCUGGGCUCUUCAGUGUCUUCCAGUGCGGGACAGACCCCGAGGAAGAUGCGGCACGCCUACAAUAGCGAGUUGCUGGAUGUGUACUGCUCUCAGUGCUGCAAGAAGAUCAACCUGCUAAACGACUUGGAAGCCAGGCUGAAAAACCUGAAGGCCAACAGCCCCAACCGGAAGAUCUCUAGCACAGCUUUUGGACGGCAGCUCAUGCACAACAGCAACUUCAGCAGCAGCAAUGGCAGCACAGAGGAUCUGUUCCGUGACAGCAUUGACUCCUGUGACAAUGACAUCACAGAGAAGGUGAGCUUCCUGGAAAAGAAGGUGACGGAGCUAGAGAAUGACAGCCUGACCAGCGGGGACCUGAAGAGCAAGCUGAAGCAGGAGAAUACACAGCUGGUGCACAGAGUGCACGAGCUAGAGGAGAUGGUGAAGGACCAGGAGACCACUGCUGAGCAGGCACUGGAGGAGGAGGCCCGGCGACACCGUGAGGCCUACAGCAAGCUGGAGCGGGAAAAGAGCACCGAACUGGAGCUGCUCAACGCCAGGGUUCAGCAAUUAGAGGAAGAAAAUACUGAGCUUAGAACAACUGUGUCUCGACUCAAGUCUCAAACAGAGAAACUGGAUGAGGAGCGGCAGCGCAUGUCCGACCGCCUGGAGGACACCAGCCUGCGGCUCAAGGAUGAGAUGGACUUGUACAAGCGCAUGAUGGACAAGCUCCGGCAGAAUCGCCUUGAGUUCCAAAAGGAGCGGGAGGCAACGCAGGAGCUCAUUGAGGACCUGCGGAAGGAACUAGAGCACCUGCAGAUGUACAAGUUGGACUGUGAGAGGACAGGCAGGGGUCGCGGUUCCUCCUCCAGCCUGGGCGAGUUUAACGCCAGGGCCCGAGAGGUGGAGCUCGAGCAUGAGGUCAAGCGGCUGAAGCAGGAGAAUCACAAACUACGAGAUCAGAACGAUGACCUGAAUGGACAGAUCCUGAGCCUCAGCCUCUACGAAGCAAAGAAUCUCUUUGCUACUCAGACCAAAGCCCAGUCUCUGGCUGCAGAAAUAGACACAGCCUCUCGCGACGAGCUCAUGGAAGCCCUAAAGGAGCAGGAGGAGAUCAACUUCCGGCUGAGGCAGUACAUGGACAAGAUUAUCCUGGCCAUCCUGGACCACAACCCCUCCAUCCUGGAGAUCAAACACUGAGCCAGGCUAGCUGCAGAGCAGCCUCAGGAUGCCAGGACCAAGGGGCAGGCCUGCUCAAGGACACGGGCUGGCUCCACAUUCAUACUCACACUAUAAAUGUACCUCUGGCCGCCACGCAUAUUGUGCACUGGUGUAUGCGGCAGAGGCCCUGAGCGCCGUGGGGUGAGCGUGGGGCCGUGGUUGCGAGUGGCACCUGCAGGGGGAGCUGUGCCUGCACUUUGUGGGCCCUUUGCAGGGGCAGAGGGCUCGGGAAGUGUGGGGGGUGACGUGCUAUCAGAGAUUACUGGAAUAAUGAGAACUGGAAGCACGUGUUUCAGAUACUGGAUAAAAUGAUUCUACCUCUGGGGAUGAGGUGAGGAAAUACCCUAGUGAGAUGGCUCUUACCCCUGCCCAACCUGCUGGGAGCAUGACCAAGAUGGUGGUCCUUCCAGGAGUGAGGUUGCCCUUCCCAGGCUCUCUGGCUGCUUUUCACAUCCUGGUGUUAGAGCUUGGUGAGGGGGAAGGGAUGAGGGAACUCCUGUCCUGGGGUGGCCCUGUGUGCCUGGGGUGCACAGGGUCCAGAGGAAUCAGGUUCGCUGGGCAGCUGCGUGGGCCAUCCUCUUCUGGUCGGGUUCUUGGCAUGUUUAGGUUCUCUGUGCUCUCUCUAUCCCUACUUACCUACCUCCCUUUUCAGUUGUUUUUUUUUGUUGUUGUUGUUUUGUUUUUAAAGUAGUGAAAUAUAAGGACCAUUCACUUGGGUAUAGAAUAAAGGAAUUAAAAAGAAAGUGAAAAAAGAUUGGAACAUGCGUGAGGCCAGUGUUUGGCAUAGGCAACCAAAGAAAUGAUUCCUAGGGAGGAUCCCACUCCCCAGCUUGGUAUGGCCAAGGCCCACCCACCCCCUCGUGGACCCACACAGCCUGCUGAGAGCAGGUCUCAGGCUGGGUGUCGGAAUCCAAGCUCUGGCUGCCCCUAGAAAGUAAUGAGACCUCCGUUCUAGUCCUGAGGAGCAGACCUGUAUGCCUGCUCCUACACCAGGACCUCUUCUGAGUCGGGGAGGGCGCAGGGUACAGUUGUCAGAGUCACAGGGAAACCUUAGUCUUCCACCCUUCUGACCCAUGGUGAGAAUUCACACUGUGGAUUUUUAAAUGUGAUCUUUUUGUUCCAGGGACUGGGAGUAGAUAUGGUACUUUCCUUUGAGUUUUCCAGUUUAUCUCAAUUUUAUAUAGCUUGUGGUCUGUUUCCUUAACCCAAAUCAGUGUGAACAACAUGUGGUUUCAUUUCUUCCCCAUAGCCCCUUGUUCUCUUAAGCGCAUCUAGUGUAAGAAGCAAGGUUUGGCAUUCUGGGGAGGGCAGGGUGUGUGUGCAGAGAAGGGAGGGCACGGAAGCCCAGUGCAGGUUGGGGGGCUCCCUGCUUGACAAAGACAGGGAUGUGGCCAGGACUGAUCUUCAUAGCAUUCUAAUCAACUUGUGCUUUUGUUAAAUUUCAUGAUUCCAAAUUUUUAAUCAUGUAUGGGCUUAGUUUCAUCCUUCAAAUCAUGGGUUGCACUGCUCUUCCCAGGACUGGAGCCUCCACGCCCAGCAGACCCGGGGAGGGCUGGUCUCCAGGAGCCUAUGCUCUUGGGUUCCCCCAUGGGUCUGAGAAGAUGCAGGCAAAGACCCCCUGAGGAUGGGUAUCUUGAGAAUUUGCUAGAAGGCCAGGGCUUAAUGGUAAAAGACAAAUGGCAUCCCUCAGGGUUUGCUCUUGGAAGGUGUCCCUCAGACGCCAGUGAAGUCAGGGUCCUGGUCCAUGCAGGGCUUAGCCCAGGGAUGAGUAUUUUAUAGAGGGAAUUUUGUGUGCUUCUGCAUUGGUACAGGUUUCCAGAGAAGACAGAAGCGUGGUCAGAUCCAGUGGAGGAAGGGAUCUGCCAAAGGAAAAGGGGCAGAAAGCUGUUGGCCUGCCCUGCUGUGCUGGCUCUUCCUAGGGAAUGCGCUAGGCAACGCAGUCUGAGAGCCACCUAGACCUAGGCCAGGGCCAGAGAGGCCUCUGGAAGAGGACCUGCUAGCCAAGGAACUGAAUUCCAUGAAACAUGCACCUCCAGUUAAUUCCAGGCUUCCUACUUCCUCCAUCUAUCAUGCAUGUCAUAUAAAGUCUCAUCAAGUCAGCUUGUUUUUUUAAGAUCAUGUAUGUUUUUGAAAUGCACUUCUGGGCUUGAACAUUAACCAGAGGAGGGCAGAGAGCCCAGGGUCUCAGUUCCCCAGCCCCUGGGCAAGCUCCAAAGCUGUAAGAUAGAUUUCAACAACACAUAAUUUUUAACUUUUAGAAUAUGAUCUAUGCUGUACUUGGGACAUAAUAAAAAUGAGGUUAAUUUGUAUUUAUUUAUUUAUUUAUUUUGAGAUAGGGUCUUAUUAUGCAGUUCAGGCUGGCUUUGA